CCAUAACCAUCCUCUCUCCCAAUUCAAAAAUUUCCAACUCCAAUUUUCAAAAUGAAAAAAUCACAAAACUGACCGUUAGAUUCAGAUCCUCCAUUUCCUUUUCCUUUCACAUUUGUCUGCCAUUUUUGCUUCCUUCAAUUCCUUCCAUUCUCUCUCCUCCCUCACUCACAAACCCUAAUUUCUCAUUUCUUCUUCUUCUUCUUCAAAGUAAUAACACUGAAGUAAGUAAGUUAGCGUUACAGAGAUGUUCAAACUGCCAUUCUUCUCCAAGACACCGAGUUCAGUGAAGACUCGGGUCGGGUUCCAUGACCCACCCGAUUCAGCUCGGGCAACUCCGAGCAUGGCUAAGUCAAUGUCCCGCGACAACUUGUUGCAGUCCUCAACUGUUCGAAAUUUCAACGACAGAGAAGAAUUUCGCGAUUCUGCUAAUAAUGCGUUAGCAGUUCGAAGCUUUGAUUUGCCCGAGGAUCCUUCUUUUUGGAAAGACCACAAUGUUCAGGUUAUUAUUAGACUUCGCCCUCUCAACACAUCUGAGAUAUCACUGCAAGGCUCCAACAAGUGUGUUAGGCAAGAAAGUUCGCAGAGCAUUACGUGGACUGGUCAUCCUGAAUCACGUUUCACCUUUGACGUUGUUGCAGAUGAAAAUGUUACACAGGAAAACCUUUUUAAAGUUGCUGGAGUGCCUAUGGUUGAAAACUGUGUGGCAGGGUACAAUAGCUGCAUGUUUGCUUAUGGUCAAACUGGAAGUGGGAAAACACACACAAUGUUGGGAGAUAUUGAAGGUGGCACUCGACGAAGUAGUGUUGAUUGUGGCAUGACGCCUAGAGUGUUUGAGCACCUGUUUUCCAGGAUACAAAAGGAAAAAGAGGCUCGAAGAGAAGAAAAGUUCCGGUUCACUUGUAAAUGCUCAUUCUUGGAGAUCUACAAUGAACUGAUCCUUGAUCUUUUAAACCCAUCCUCUGUCAACUUACAGAUUAGAGAAGAUUUGAAGAAAGGCAUUCAUGUUGAAAAUCUAACUGAGUUAGAGGUUACAAGUGCUCGAGAAGUUAUGCAGCAACUUCUUCAGGGUGCUGCAAAUAGAAAGGUGGCUUCCACCAACAUGAACCGUGCAAGUAGUCGUUCCCACAGUGUAUUUACCUGUGUUAUUGAGAGUACUUGGGAAUCCCAAGGUGUAACACAUCAUCGUUUCGCUAGACUAAAUCUUGUAGAUUUAGCUGGCUCCGAAAGGCAAAAGAGUUCUGGUGCAGAAGGCGACCGUCUUAAAGAAGCCACAAACAUCAAUAAGUCGCUGUCAACAUUAGGACUUGUGAUAAUGAACCUCGUGGGCAUAUCCAAUGGAAAAUCUCAUCAUGUGCCAUAUCGAGAUUCGAAAUUAACUUUUUUGCUUCAGGAUUCACUUGGAGGGAAUGCAAAAACCACUAUAAUUGCUAAUAUUAGUCCGUCCAUUUGCUGCUCAGUGGAGACUCUAAGCACCCUAAAGUUCGCUCAGCGUGCAAAAUUUUUAAAGAACAAUGCCAUUGUCAAUGAAGAUGCUUCUGGGGAUGUCCUUGCAAUGAGAAUGCAAAUUCAGCAACUGAAGAAAGAAGUGUCUCAUCUGCGUAGUUUACACGACGGAGGAGCUGGAAAUCAGGAUAGUGAUGCCAUGACAUUGGGUUUGCUAGGAUCCCCUGGAGCUUUUAAGUGGGAAGGGCUUAAUAGUACAUUGAGUCCCCUGGCCUCUAAUAAAAGGCCGUCCCAGAAAAAAGAAGUCGAGGUUGCUCUUGUUGGGGCAUUUAGGAGAGAAAAGGACAAAGACAUGGCAUUGCAAGCACUUACUGCUGAAAAUCAGGCAGCUAUGCAGCUGGCAAAACAAAGGCAAGAUGAAAUACAAGGCCUGAAAAUGAGGCUUGGAUUCAGAGAAGCAGGUAUAAAGAGGUUAGAAGCUGUUGCCUCCGGAAAGAUCUCUGCAGAGACCCACUUGUUGAAGGAAAAAGAGGAACACUUGAAAGAGAUAGAGGUCUUGCGUGCUCAAGUUAACAAGAAUCAGGAGGUGGCAAGAUUUGCUAUGGAAAAUCUGCGUUUGAAAGAAGAAAUUAGAAGAUUACAGUCUUUCUGCGAGGAAGGUGAAAGAGAGCGAAUGAACGAACAGAUAAACACAUUGCAGUACAAGUUACUUGAAGCACUUGACUGGAAGCUUAUGCAUGAAUCAGAACCAUCAAAUGCUCAGAAAAAGAGUCCUUGCUUGCUGACAGAUCUGGACCAGCUCAACUUUAACAAGGAAUCUGCUUCAUCCUGGCAAUCGAUAAUCAAAGAAGAGAAUGAAUUUCUUCGAAUGCAGGCCAUUCAAAACCAGGCAGAAAUAGAUUCUCUCCGGAAGAAACUUGAGUCUUAUGUGGAGGCGAAAGAGAAAACGGAAAGACACAUCAAGGAUCUGGAGGCAGAGUUGGAGGAAAUUAGAUCUGCCAAAGAUACAAAAGAAGAAAGCGAGAAACUGCAAAUUGACGCUCCUUUGACUAUGACAAAUGAUAUUAACAACAGUGACCAGCUGGAGCUCAAAGCUAUGGUUGAUGUCAUUGGAGCAGCAAGUCAAAGAGAAGCUGAAGCACAUGAAAUGGCAAUUACACUAGCAAAGGAGAAUGAUGAAUUAAGAGCUAAGAUCAAGGUUCUUCUCGAGGACAAUAGUAAGUUGAUAGAUUUGUAUGAAAGGGCAGCUGCAGAGACCAGUAAAGCCAAUAAUUUAGAUGAUCAAUGUGAUGCCAAUGAAGACCAAGAUACUGGAUCUGGUGCUAGUCCUAAACUUGCGGAAAUGCAUGAUGAAAAUGAGAAACUGAUGAGUUUGUAUGAGAAAGCAAUGCAAGAGAGAGAUGAGUUUAAAAGAAUGCUUUUAUCUGCCGUGAACAACAAUAGUGCAGAGAGAGGAGAUUUCGAGUGCCCGGAAAAGAUUGCUGAGGUUGGAGGAGAAUGUUAUUCUGAGAGUAGCACCAGCAUGGAGUUAGACCAGCAAAUUUUAUCUGCUGAAACAGUAGUCUUAGAAGAAGGUGAUCCGUCCAAAUGGAACAAGCAGAAUACCUCUGGCCAGUGCCCACCAACUCCACUUACAGACAAAGUUCAGAUGGGCUUGGAGUCCGAUGAAUUCCUUGGUAAACCAAGUUCAACCAUUAAGAAGAACCCUUUUGAAGCAAGUGUUCAGGAUCAAUAUGAGAGCUUGGAAAAUCCUCUUGUGUGCAUUACAAGUAUGGUGGUUGAGGAAAAGAGCGCUUUUGAGUUUAGAAGCGAGGGUAAUUCCUUCCAAUGUCCUGGUGAUUCUCAGGAUGAUAUAGAUAGAAUAGUUGUUACUAAGGAUGUCAGAACUCAUUCUGAGACAGUGACGGAAGAGGAACUUGUUCUCGUGAGGAAGGAGCUGGAAAAAGCCCGUGAAAGGCUUUCAUGUUCUACCCACACUGUCAGUGAGUUUGGGACAAUUGAGAAAACAAUACUUCUAGUGGAUGCAGUCUCUAGGGAGAUUGAAGCGGUAAAGGAUAUCAUGCAGUUUGAGCAACAGAAGAUUGAGUCCCUUAAACCUCUCGGAUCAGAAAGAAGUGCCCUUGUGUUUCAAAAGCUUGCAGCACUUAAAGUUUCUCUAUCAAAUAUCACUUCAUCUAUUGCUUACUUUGAACAGCGAGAAGAUAGAGCAAAGGCAAGGGUGAAUGCCUCAAUGUCAUCCUUGGACCAACAUAAGGCAGAUCUAGCCUGUCUUCAGGGUCAGAGUGAUGAAAUCAACGCGAAAAGAAGAGAGAUCAAAGAAACUGAAGUGGAAAUAAGGAACAACCUGUGGUGCCUAAAAUCCAAACUUGAGGAAGAAAAUAAAAGACAAGAAACUCAAAGGGUUCUCCUUGCCAUUGAUAACAUUGAGAGAACUGAAGCUCCAGCUCUGAUCUGCAGCAAGGCAACUGAAUUGCUCAAAUCUGAAGAAGAGAAAACAAAACUGCAUAAAGAGAUCAAGCAAUCCCAGGAGAAUCUUGGUGUCAUCAAGAAGCAAGUUGAGGAUUUGAACAGGAAAGCCCAAAAACUUGAUAAUCAAAUACGGAUUAAAAAUUUGGAGAUGCAAGAGUCUGCAAAAUUGGUGCAGGAAAUGGAACUUGCCCUUGGAAAUGUCAGUAAUGAAAAGGAUAUUCUUAUGGAGAUGAAAGAGAAUGGGAAGCCCGAGAUUGAUGACAAGAUAGUUGAAUACCAGCAGUGUAUCUUUGAAGAUUAUUUCAGGGAAGAAGAGCUUAUGAUACUUGAAGAAGAUAUGCACGUGUUGUCAAUAAAAUUAGCAAUAUUUGAAAGCGAAAGAGCAGUUGCGGUAAAGAGAGCAUCCCAACUAUUGUCUGGACAGCAAUACCAAAGAGGCCUUCCAUCAGAAAAAUUGCAACAAGAGCUUGAAGAUGUUCAGAAAUCAAUUUUAGAAGCCAAUAAAUUACUCUCAGCAGAAAAGUCAAGUGACAGUCAAGUUGUUUUGUCUGCCAGUCUCCAUAGAAUUCAUGGACUUGAAAAUACUGAAACAGAUUAGAUUUUAAUUUACCAUGCUUGCUGUCCUGUACGAUAGAUAUUGUACUGAAACUUGCAUUACAGAAAGUAAAUGACGAAUAUCCAGUGUUACGAGUGUAUUGAUCAA